UGGUGGCAACUGUUGGCGUAGACCCUGCGAUGUGAAAAUGUAUAUCUAAGAGGUACAGAAUUGUGUAGUUAGUAGUGUCGACUGAACGGGGAACAGGGGGAGCUGCUUUAUCGAACUUCAACGCUGUAACUAAAACAGAUCUGAUCACAUUUGGAAGCGACAUCUGGUGGUAACGGAGAUGCCUUAUUAAUCGUCAGUCCUUAGUUACUGCUACAUUGCUGGUGAUUCAGUGUUCUUGGUCAACAAUUAUAACUAAAUUAUCUUCUGAUUGAAACAUGACGUUAGCGUGGAGUCAGCUGCUUCAGUGCUUGUGAUUCAGUGCUCUUUUUCAACCAUUACAGUUAAACUAUCUUCCGAUUGCAACAUGACGUCAGCAUGGAGUCAGCUGGAACAAUUACUGACUUGUGCGAUAUGCUUAGAUCGGUACAGGAACCCUAAACUUCUACCCUGUCAACAUACCUUCUGUCUGGAGCCUUGCUUGGAAGGAUUAAUAGAUUAUAUUCGCAGACAGGUAAAAUGCCCAGAAUGUCGGGCAGAGCACAGGAUUCCUUAUCAAGGUGUCGAAGCUUUUCCCACUAACGUGACGUUAACGCGGUUUUUAGACUUACACCGAGAUGUCACUGGAGAAGAACCAGAGCCCUUACCGUCCAUGAUGGAAAGAUGCGCUGUAUGUAACGACAAAGCUCACGUCAAAAAAUGUGGACACUGUAACAAGAAAGUAUGUGAUGAGUGCAAAGAAGCACAUCUUGAUAUUCUUCGGCGGGAAAUUCUACGCGUUAAUAAUCAAGUUAAAAGAAGUCUUCAGAAAGUUAGCGAUACUCUCACGCAAACUCAGAGUAAUAGAUCAAGAUUGCAGGAGAACGCGGAUCGUGUUAAAGAAGAGAUUGAGGAGAUGGUACGUCGUUACAAUGAAGAUCUGAAACACACAGAAAAAAGGCUGAAAGAAGAAAUUGAUAUUUAUGUCCAAAAAGAGCUUCGACAGAUGAAUGGUAUGAAGGACAAUCUUGAAAUGGAACUUACUAACUUAACUGGAAAUUGUGAGCUAUUGGAGAAACAUAUGAAUGAAAAUAUAGACUGGACUGACAGUGAACUUUUACAAUAUAAAGAAGUUAUUUUCAAAAUGUUAGACUUUGUUAGACAUUUCGACACAGGCAUUUCGGACUUUACUCGCCGAAUAACGUUUCAACCAAGAACUAAUCCAGAUGUACUGCAUAGAGUUUUGGAAGAAUUUGGGGAUUUAAAGGUCAAUGCACCUACGCCUCCACCUACUGGUAAUUUGUCUCCCUCACCUUCUAAUUCAUUGCUUCGAAGUCAGAGUGAUCACUGGUUGAGCACCCACUUUCAGCGUCGACAGGACAACCGCUCUACUUCUGACUUUAGUCAACAUGGAAUAAUCAGUGACUCGGAAAGGGAUGGAAGACACGGAGAGGUCGGUUUACAAAGUCGUUCUCGGCGGGAGUGUAGGGAUAACAGCCCAUAUCGUCGUUUUGGAGACAGAUCUUCGCGAGAAUACGAAACGCCAGACAGAGAGCGGCGACUCUUGAAACCUGAGAACGAUAUCCGAGACGUGAAGAGCUGGAGAGAUUGUGAUGGAACUAUCGGGACUUAUAGAUCGAGGUAUAUGAGGGGUAGUUACGAGAACUUAAGACAAGAUAGAGAAUCAAGUCAAGGAAGGAGUGUUAGAUUUCACGAUACUGAUGUUCAGUGUAAUGAAUCCGUUUUUGAUACAAAUGGAUUGAGAGGUCCUUUAAGUGGAGUUCCGAGGCUUAAGGAUUCUGCCUAUAUAAUGGAGAGACUACAUCAAAAUGAGGUUCGACAGAAGAAGCAGAUUCAGGAAGAAGAACAUCAACGCUUAGAAAAUCCUGUACCUUCCUCAAAAAUUAAUUCUGUUCCUUCUAGACCAACUGCACGUCAAAUAAGCGAGGACGAUGUUGAAAAACAGAAGAAACAGAGCCAACUUUCGGCUACAAUGACCGAAACUAGAGAAAAAAUGGCCACAACCAGUACUUCUUCUGCAGCAACUGUUCCUUCUGAAUUGCCAUCUCGAGUUUUAUCGAAAAGAGCUGAAGAGUCUUCUGUUAGUGCAGCGAAUGAAUCUUCCGAAACACGGCAACACGAAAUUCUAGCUACAGAAUUAACAACAUCCAGUUCGGGAGGAAGCACUGGGUCUUCUUCAGCCACCACGUCUACACCUGAUGAACAAGGUAGCAGAUCUUACAAACCAAUUACCUCUGGUGACGCCGAAGGGACAACCUCUACAGAAACAUCCUCGGGUUCAAGAUUUUCUCGUGAACAAAAUCCUCGAGGUUUAACCCCCAGGUCUGAUUGGACGCUACAGAAGAAGACUUUACCAGUAGAUGUAGAGGAGCGAUCUGGUAACUACAAAAUUGGUAAUUUUAACAACUCACAAAAACCGUAUGGACGAACGCCAUCUUUGGACAAGAAGGAUGGGGACCAGAAAAACCUUCCUAAGUUUUCAUUUACUAGACGUCAAAUGGUGCAGUGUUCAGAUUCUGAAAGUGACAGCGAAAGUGAAGUUAACAGCACAGAAACAGAUAGUGACGACUCGAGUGUUAGUAAUCUUACUUCAGGUACAAGCUCUUCAGUUCGAGACCUCUUACUGCGAAGCGCACAAGCCCGUCGAAAAAGUGCAAGAACAGAUUCUCCUGAAAAGGCGGAUAGUACUAGGAAGACCUCAAAUCCUAGAUCCUCUCAAACACAGAAAGAUAGGUAUGGAAAAAGACAUAUUCCUACAAGUUCGAAACGAAAGGUGUUAAUAAAUGACGACGUAAAUGACGAGCAGAGCGAUUCAUCUAGAGAUCGUUACUUGACACGGAGUCGAAGUUCAGUUAUUCUAAAUCGACAGCAGAAAGAUCUGACCGAUUCUCUGGCCAACCCUUCUGGUAGCACACAAUUUCAAACAAAAUCUGGCAUUUCCAGUCAACCAGAUAAAGCAGUAUCACGCAGCAAGAGCUCUCGCGAUCUUGUUCUGAACGAUGAGAAUACUGAGACACGUCCUCCAACAUAUCGGAGAUUUAUCGAAGAAAAACGGCAGGCUCUGCGUGAAAACGCAGUGGAGACCAAUGCGGAUAGGGGAUUGACGUCUAGGUCUGAAUACGUUAGAAAUAAGUAUGGGAAAACGCCAGCCGAAAAAUGUGAUGACACCAAUAUUUCAGUAGAUCAGACAUAUAUUAGACGAAGUAAUGUUGAAAGUAAUAUUAACCAAGAUCCUUCAUCCUCUUGUACACCUUAUGCCGAUAAAACCCCACAGAUCCGCCAACCGAUAAUUAAAAUAGGAAGUCGAGGUAGUGAACCAUAUUGUUUUAAUUGGCCUAGGGAUGUGGCAGUAAGUCCACAAAACCUUAUUGCUGUGGCAGAUAGCAGUAACCACAGAGUUCAGGUGUUCAAUAGCACAGGAAAGUUUCUUCAUCAGUUUGGAACGUACGGAGAUUCUGAAGGAGAGUUUAACAGUCCAGCAGGAAUAGCCAUUAAUCGAAUAGGACAGUACCUCGUAAGUGAUCGCUAUAACCACAGGGUCCAAGUCUUCGAUCCUAAUGGCAGAUUCCUGCGAUCCUUUGGAACAGAAGGAAAUUUGAACAGCAUGUUCAACUAUCCAUGGGGAAUCACAACAGAUUGUUUGGGUUUCAUCUAUGUUUGUGACAAGGAAAACCAUCGCAUUCAGGUUUUUCAAGCAGAUGGUACAUUUGUUACAAAGUUUGGAACGCUUGGAGACAGUGCUGGCGAAAUGGAGUGCCCUCACUACGUCACUGUUAAAGGUUCAGAACAGGUGAUUGUUAGUGACUGCAAUAACCACCGCAUUCAGAUAUUCGACACCAGAGGGAGACUUAUCACGAACUUCGGUAACGAGGGUUCAGCUCUGGGUAAGUUUCAAUUCCCUCGUGGUGUCGCUGUGAACGAACAGGGCCACAUUUUUGUAGCAGACAGUGGCAACAAUAGAAUCCAAACAUUCCUGCCUGAUGGCAGCUUCCUAUCAGCCUUUGGGUCAUGGGGAACUGGUGAAGGGGAGUUUAAGGGGAUCGAAGGAAUAGCAGUUAUGGCCAAUGACAGCCUUUUGGUGUGUGAUAGAGAAAAUCACCGGCUUCAGGUUUUUUGAUGACAAACAGCUGGAGAAACGUCCAACUGGUUUCUCAAAAUCAUAUUUUACUCAUCCACCCGAUGCGGUGUUGUAUCCUUUAGUUUUCUCAUAAGCUACCUAUUUCUCUGCUCACUGUCGCCGGACAGACACACGUCAGGCCUUUCUUAAUUAAGUCUUGUUUAUAUUAUGAACAAAAUAAGAAGUAUUUUUAUUAUCAGCAGAUUUGUUAGCGAUCUUGUAUAAUCUUUAUAAUUUUCUAAAUGCGUUUUGUAAAAAAUGUUUUAUAAUCAGUACUUCUAAAAUAACUAACUAAGUAUAGCUCUAGGAGGCAUGUAGACAUACAGACAAACUCACAUUGAACAUACAGUGCAGUCCAUCAAGUAACAUAGCAAAAUUCCACUGUUAAAUUAUUCGACAGUGAAAAAUAAUUUGAC